AUGUCAACUUCGGCAAAACUGAAUAUCGUCAUCGGUGGUGGUACGGGCCUGAUCGGGAAGGCUUUAACCUCCAAACUCUUAUCCAGAAACGCCAGUGUUCGCAUUAUUACACGUAACCCCAGGCACAAUAAGGACAUGUCUUGGGAGACUGUGGAAUCCUGCGGUUUACCCGAAGACACGGAUGUCAUCAUAAACCUAGCUGGCAGAUAUGUUGGCGAGGUCAGCCCAGGGCUACUCAUUCCUAGUGUUGACAACGGUUUUCUGGCUCGUCUCGUCCGCGAAUGGGAAACCGCAUGUUCUAGCACUCGACUAGAAGGUGUUAAACGCGUUCUUGUCCGAAUCGGUGUUGUACUUUCGAAGGAUGGAGGAUUUCUGUCACGGCUUUACCAGACUCACCGUCUUGGCUUAGGUGGUCCGAUUGGCAGUGGACAACAGUGGAUCUCAUGGAUUCACAUUGAUGACCUCGUCAAUCUCUUUUGCUUUCUGAUCAUGAGCCCCGCAGGUAAGCAUCUGUCGGAUGCAGUGAACGCCACCGCGCCGUACCCCGUCCGUCAGGGUGCAUUUUCGCACGCGCUCAGUGAAUCACUGAGCGCCCCCUUUGCCGGUGGCCACAUUUUUACUCCGGCCUUUAUGGUUCGCGCCAUCAUGGGGAGGGAACGUGCACCACUGCUUCUCGAGGGUCAGCGGGUACUGCCAGCCAAAGCUCAGGAGGCUGGCUUUAAGUUCAACUACCCUACACUAGAGUUGGCAUUGGAGAACAUCUACGGCAAGCGACCACGACCAGUUUCCACUUAUUGA